CAGAUGGCCGGUAGAUGCAGAUAUAACAGCCCCAGACAGAGAGAGGCUCUACACACAAAUGUGAAAUCAGGGUCAUCUGCGCGUAUCAAGAGAUCGGAUUGGUUGGAUAAGAACUACUUCUCUUCCUUGGAACUCUUCACAGUUUAUUUUCCACUGGAGCUUCAGAGGAAACCGCACAUCUCAUCUGAUAGUCACUUCUGCAUCGGAAUCUUAUGCGUAAUGGUGAUCUCCAAAGGACACUGACUAUCCCAAGCCCUGAAAAUUAAUUUGUUUUUACCUCCUUCAUUUAAAAACAAAAAUGCAGGUCAUUGUGUUUGUUUCAGUAGCUUUGAUUUACAUCAAGGCUGUCGUCGCGGAUCCUAAAGCCAAGUGUCCGGAGCGCUGUGACGUGAGUACGUGUCCGAGCCCGAGCUGUCCUAGCGGGUAUGUUCCUGACCGCUGUAACUGCUGUUUGGUGUGCGCGCAGGGAGAGGGGGAGCCCUGCGGCCGAAAGGACGAUCUGCCUUGCGGAGACGGACUGGAGUGCAAGCACCCUUCUGGAAAAAGACUGUCUAAAGGCGUGUGUCAGUGCAGAUACAGUAGUAAAAUGUGCGGUAGUGAUGGAAACACAUAUGGGAACAUCUGCCAGCUGAAAGCCGUAAGCAGGAAAGCUCUGCAACAGGGUCUGCCCGGAGUCACUAACGUGCACAAAGGACCCUGUAAAAGCAAUCAAGGUCCCAAACACCCCAACAGCCCGAGGUACAAAUUCAACUUCAUUGCUGACGUGGUGGAGAAGAUCGCUCCUGCUGUGGUGCACAUUGAGCUGUUCCUAAACAACCCCCUCUUUGGCCGGACAGUUCCACUAUCUAGUGGAUCUGGUUUUGUAAUGUCAGACACUGGGCUGAUCGUGACCAAUGCCCAUGUGGUUUCCAGCACUACACCUGUUUCGGGUCAUCAGCGACUCAAAGUACAGAUGCGUGAUGGAGAUGUAUACGAAGCCACGAUAAAAGACAUUGACAAGAAGUCGGACAUCGCCACUAUUAAGAUUAACCCACAGAAAAAGUUGCCUGUUUUAUUACUGGGUCACUCCGCAGACCUGCGCCCUGGUGAGUUUGUGGUGGCUAUUGGCAGCCCUUUUGCCCUGCAGAACACAGUGACGACAGGAAUUGUCAGCACAGCACAGAGAGAUGGAAAAGAACUGGGUCUUCGUGACUCAGACAUGGACUACAUCCAGACUGACGCAAUCAUCAACUAUGGAAACUCAGGUGGACCACUAGUCAAUUUGGAUGGAGAGGUGAUAGGAAUCAACACACUGAAGGUAGCUGCAGGAAUCUCCUUUGCCAUUCCUUCAGACAGAAUUACCCGCUUCUUAAAUGAUUCUCUGGGAAAGCAAAACAAAGAGACAAGAUCCUUGAAAAAGCGUUUCAUUGGAAUUCGAAUGCUCACCAUCACAGAAGCUCUCGUGGAGGAGCUGAGGCAACAGAAUCCAGACUUCCCUGAUGUCAGCAGUGGGAUCUAUGUUCAUGAGGUGGUUCCUCACUCCCCUGCUCAGAAAGGGGGAAUCAAAGAUGGUGACAUCAUCGUUAAGUUGAAUGGAGAGCCACUUAUGAGCACCAGUGACCUGAAGGAAGCUCUUAACAAAGACACCACACUGCUGCUGGAGGUGCGCCGUGACAACGAUGACCUGCUCUUCAACAUUGAGCCUGACGUCCUCAUGCAAUGACAAUUUACUUAGAAUGCAAACAAUGCAAUUGAACAAAAGACAUUGUGCAGUCAUGGCCAAAGGGAUUUUUAAUGGAGCAUGUAAAACACCAAGGACCUCUUUUCCAAGCAGAGAAAUCUCACCUUGAGCUUUUAAAAAUCUCAGUCAUGUCAAGCUUGCCUAAGAAGGUUUAUAUGAAAGGCAUUUUUCAUAUUAGCUUUGAUGCAGGUUUGAAGGGGAGAAUGAUUUGUGGCUAAAUAUAAAAAAUUGCAAUACUGUAUUUUGUAGAAUAAGACAAUGCUGGUGAUAUUUUUUACAUUUCUGCUUUUGCGCCAGAAACAGACAAUCCACAAUUAAAUGUUAAGCAGGAAAAUUGAGAAAUGAUAUUGCUAAAAGUUAUAAGGAUUCCUAUUAUAAAAAUAAAUCCUUUUAAAUGAAAAUGAUGAUUCAAUUAUAAUUGGAAUUCUCUUUGUUCCUGAAACUAUAAAUGUUGCUAGCUCAACGUAUAUUGUAGAAUCUUCAUUGUGGCACCAGUGGCAAGAAUCAAUUGCUGUGCAAGGACUUUUAAAGUUUGUAUAUAAUAACGAAUUACGUUUUGAUAGGAUUAUCUUGUCCAUUCAAAUGUUAUGUGCUCUUUUACACCAAUCAGCCACAACAUUAAAACUACUUACACAAUAUAGUGCAGGUCCCAAUCAUGCCACCAAAACAGCUCCAACCUGCAUCUCACAAUAGCAUUCUUCUGAUAUUCUUCUCAACACAAUUGUACAGAGUGGUUAUCCGAGUUACCGUAGACUUUGUCAGUUCAAACCAGUCUGGCCGUUCUCUGUUGACCUCUCUCAUCAACAAGGAGUUUCCAUACACAGAACUGCCGCUCACUGGAUGUUUUUUGUUUUUGGCACCAUUUGGAUUAAAUUCUAGAGACUGUUUGAAAAUCCCAGGAGAUCAGCAGUUACAGAAAUACUACAGAAAUACAGAUCUGCCACCAACUAGCAUCCAUGCGAUUAUCUAUUCAGCCAAUCAUGUGGCAGCAGUGCAGUGCAUAAAAUCAUUCAGAUACGGGUCAGGAGCUUCAGUUAAUGUUCACAUCAACCAUCAGAAUGGAGAAAAAAUUUGAUCUCAGUGAUUUGGACCGUGGCAUGAUUGUUGGUGCCAGAUGGGCUGAUUUGAGUAUUUCUGUAACUGCUGAUCUCCUGGGAUUUUCACACACAACAGUCUCUAGAACUGACUGGUUGCCAACAACAAAAAACAUCCAGUGAGCGGCAGUUCUGCGGACAGAAACACCUUGUUGAU